AGCGCGGCCGCCGGCGACACCCGGACAACGCGCCGGCGGCAGGGCAAGGAGGGCGGCCCGGAGGGCAGCGGCCCUGGCCCGCGUGUGCUGCCCUCUCUCGCACUCCCACACCGUUCUGGCUGUGCCCCUUCCCCGCCACACGCGCAGCCAUGGUGGGCCGGCUGAGCCUGCAGGAUGUCCCCGAGCUCGUGGACACGAAGAAGAAAGGCGACGGCGUCCUGGACAGCCCGGACUCGGGGCUGCCCCCAAGCCCCAGCCCCAGCCACUGGGGGCUCGCCGCGGCGGCGGGAGGCGGUGGGGAGCGCGCUCCGGUCCCAGGGGCGCUGGAGCCCGACGCGGCAGCGACCCCAGCAAUCCCGAACCCAGCAUCUCGGACCCAGUCUCUGACUUCCGGCUGCUCACCACGGCUCUGUCCCCUGUCCUUCGGCGAAGGAGUCGAGUUUGACCCGCUACCACCAAAGGAAAUAAAGUAUACUUCCUCAGUCAAGUAUGACUCUGAGCGACACUUCAUCGAUGAUGUGCAGAUGCCCCUGGGCCUGGCGGUGACUUCCUGCAGCCAGACGGUCACCUGUAUCCCCAAUUGCACUUGGCGAAACUAUAAGGCUGAGGUGCACUUUGAGCCCCGCCACAAGGCCUCGCGCUUCCUCAGCACCACCAUCAUCUACCCCAAGUACCCCAAGACCAUCUACACCACCACUCUGGAUUACAACUGCCACAAGAAGCUGAGGAGAUUUCUGUCCAGUGUGGAGCUCGAGGCCACAGAGUUCCUGGGUAGUGACGGUUUCUCAGAUGAAUGCUGACUCAAGCUAGCUACUUGGGGUUGGGCCAGCUGUUCUUCCACUGCCCGGUCCCCAGACCACCCUGGACAAGCUGGGUAACAUUGCUUUUGUGCAUCAUCCCAGCCCCAGAGGGGUCUUACCUGGAGAUACCUCUAAACCUACCAGGGGAAGAAGGGGAGAGAAAAUCACUGCAUCUUAUAAUAAUAGAGAAACUUGGCUUUCUUUA